AUGAGCGUCAUUGAGAAAGCUAGAAAUUUAACAGGAGAUUUCUUGAAUUUUGUUAACAAGGGUUUGUCUCCUUACCACGUUGUUUAAGAAUCUAAGGAAAGACUUGAAAAGGUAGGAUUCACCCAACUUCAUGAAGGUCAAAACUGGAAAUUAGUUCCUGGUGGAAAAUAUUAUUUGAUCCGUUCAAAUAGUACUUUACUUGCCUUCACUGUUGGUAAAAAGUUCGAUGCCAACAAUACUGGUUUUAAGAUUAUUGGUGCCCAUACUGAUUCUCCUUGCUUGAGACUUGCUCCUUUGAGCUAAGCCACCAACCAAAACUUCCGUUAAACUUGCGUUUGCACAUAUGGCGGUGGUUUAUGGCACACUUGGUUCGACAGAGACCUUGUACUCGCAGGUAGAGUUGUAUACAAAACUGCUGAAGGUGAAUUCAAGACAACUUUAUACAACAGCGAACGUCCUAUUCUUAAAAUUCCUAACCUAGCUAUUCAUUUAACCCCUCAAGAUGAAAGAGGUAAGUUUGCUCCUAAUACUGAAACUCAUUUGAAGCCUGUUCUCUCUAGUGAAGUUUAUGAAAAGCUUUCUAACACUGUUGUAUCUUAGGAUGCCGUUUAAAAUGCUCCUUUGAAGAACAACCAUUAUGCAGGAUUAUUACUCGAUAUUUCUAAAAAAACUGGUAUUCCCGUUGAUAAUAUUAUUGAUUUAGAUUUAUGCUUUGCUGAUUCUUAACCUGCUACUGUUGUUGGUAUUAAUGAAGAAUUCAUUUCAUCUCCUCGUCUCGACAAUCUUUUCUCUUCUUGGGCUGCAUUAGUUGCUUUAACAAAACCCGAAGUCAAUUAAGAAAUUGAAAAUUCAUCAUACAUUAAUGUAAUUUGUCUCUUCGAUCAUGAAGAAUGUGGUUCCGAAUCAUUCUAAGGAGCUGGAAGUACUCUUCUUUUAUAAACUAUCGACAGAGUGUUUAAGUUAUUAUCUGCUACUUAGGCUAAUGUAGAUGUCGAUUCUCUCCAUAAAACUUACAUUAACUCUUUCUUUGUUUCUGCUGAUAUGGCCCACUCCAUCCAUCCCAACUACCCUGAAAAGCAUAAGGAAAACCAUCGCAUUAAAAUUAAUGAAGGUAUUGGUUUAAAGAUCAACCACAACUAAAGAUACACCACUGACUCUGUGAGUGCUUCCCUUAUUAAAUCAGUUGCUUCCAAGGCUCAAAUUCCCAUUUAAGAAUUCGUCGUUAAAAACGAUAGUCCUUGUGGAUCCACUAUCGGACCUAUCGUUUCUCCUAACACUGGUAUUAAAGCUUGUGAUAUUGGUGCUCCUCAAUGGGGUAUGCAUUCCAUCAGAGAAACUUGUGGUGUAGUAGAUUCAUACUACUAUGUUGAAUUAAUGUCUGCCUUCUUCUUACAUUAUGAAACUAUUGCCCCAACUCUUCUUUAAUGCUGA